GAUAUUAAUUAACUGCUUUUGAAUUCCGUGUUUCAAAUCCGAACACUCUCUCUCUCUCUCUCUCAACAAACCCCCCAAAAAGUUCCCCCUUUCUUAUCGCACCUCAAAAACCUUCAAGUCAGCCCUAAUUUCUUUAUGGGGGAGGAAGAUGCAACGACUGAGGUUGCAGAGACGGUGGCAAACGGGACUGCUGUUCCGGAUAAAGUAGCCAAAGACGCAAGUGAGAAAAAAGAGGAGGCAAAGGAAGAUGUAAAGGUUGAUGAGAAUGAUAAAACUAAAGAGGUUGAAGUUGACAAGGUUGAUGAUGAGGUAAGCAAAGAUGCCAAAGACGAAGAGGAGGUAAAAGACACCAAGGAAGAUAAAGAAGAGAAAGGAAACGAAGAACCCAACACCGAGGCAAUGGAAGUUGAUAAGAAAGUUCCAGAUGAAGAAACUGAGAAAGGAAAUGAAGAACCUAAGACCGAGGCAAUGGAAGUUGAUGACAAGAAAGUUGCAGAUGAAGAAACCGAGAAUAAGAAUACAGAAGCUGCUGAUUCCAAAGAGGAAGAACAGAAUCAAGAAGAAGAGAAUCAAGAAGAAGAGAAUCACAAAGAGGAGAAUCAAGAAGAAGAGAAUCACGAAGAGGAGAAUCAAGAAGAAGAGGAUAAAAACGAAGAGAACCAAGAAGAAGAGAAUGAAGAAGAAGAGGAUCAAGAAGAAGAGAACGAGGAAGAGACCCCAAAGGAAAAGGUAGCAAAAAAAGGUGCGAAAAAGAAGGGAAAUGAAGAAAAAAGCAACAGUAAGACGAAGGUAUCGGGUGAGAAAAAAGUUAAGGAAAAAAAAGAGAAGGAACCAACUACUCCCGCUGCUCCUACAAUUGAGAGGCCAGUUCGGGAACGGAAAUCUGUAGAGCGGUUGGUUGCCGUCAUUGAGAAAGACACGACCAAGGAAUUCCAUAUUGCAAAGGGCCGUGGUACAGCACUGAAGGAUAUUCCAAAUGUUGCAUUCAAGUUAUCAAAGAGGAAGCUGAAUGAUGACACACUGAAAUUGCUCCAUCCCAUUUUAUUUGGAAGAAGAGGAAAGGCCUUGCAGGUCAAGAGUAAUAUCUUGCGGUUUUCUGGCUUUGUCUGGCCUGAGAAUGAGGAAAAACAAAAAUUAAAAGUUAAGGAAAAGCUUGACAAGUAUAAUAAAGAGAAGCUCUUGGAGUUUUGUGAUAUAUUUGACAUAACAGUCACCAGAGCUACCGGAAAGAAGGAGGAUAUUCUGGUGAAGCUGAUAGAUUUUAUGUUGACUCCUCAUGCCACAACUAGUGAGUUGCUUGCAGAGAAAGAGCAGUCGACCAAAGGCAAAAAGCGUAAGAGGGAAAGCAAGAAAAGCUCAUCGGCCUCUGAGGCUACGCCUUCAAAAACCUCGUCUAAGAAACAGAAAAGUAAAAGUACUUCUGAAGAUCGUAAGAAGAAGAAAGCAGAUGAAACAGACGAUUCAGAAGAAGAGAGUGACGACGAAGAAAAAGAGAACGGAGAAGACGAAGAUGUGAACGAUGCUUCUGAGAAGUCAGAGGAUGAGAAACCAGAGGAUACUGCAAGUGAAGAAGAACCUGUGUCAGAACCUGAACCUGAAUCUGAAUCUGAAGAAGACAGUAGCAAGAAGCGCAAAAGAGGUUCAAACAAAUCUAAAUCAUCUAAAAAGGAAUCGGGUGCGAAAACUAAGGAGAAGAAAGUAGUUACUACACCCAAAAAGAGUAGCUCGGGUAAAAAGAAGACACCGGUUGCACUGUCUACAAGUGGUUCUAAGGCUAAGGAUCAAAGUGAUUCGGCUCCAAAGACUUUUUCGAGGAAGAGCAAGAAGAUAGAUGCAGUUGAAGAAAAGCAUGCAACUCCAAAGAAAGCUGCUCCAAAAGAGAAAGCUGGGAAAAAGACCUCGAAAGAGAAGCCUAAAUCCGAAAAGCUUAAGAUAAGCGACGAUGACCUCAGAACUGCAAUUUGUGAGAUCCUUAAAGAAGUCGACUUCAAUACGGCAACCUUUACUGAUAUUCUGAAGCAGCUUGCCAAGCGGUUCAAUACAGAUCUGACAUCAAGAAAGGCGUCGAUAAAGAUGAUGAUCCAGGAAGAGCUUACUAAGCUAGCGGAUGAAGCAGAUGAUGAGGAUGAAGAAGAGGAACCUGAAAAACAAGAAGCAUCGGCUCAAAAGGUCAAGGCCUGAGCUGUCUUGCAGUUAAAAAAUGAGAAAUAAUUUGGCGAAGGGUUUGAUUUGUGGUGUAAGAAUGUAACUUAAUGUUAGGUAUUGCUUUAGGGUUUCUACUGUAGAUUAGAAGGGUAGAAGUGCAGUGGUAAUGCUGCUUGUUAUGCAUAAUACAUGACAUGACCAGCGUAUAAGGUAUAGGGAAAUUUGUCAUAAUUUGACCCAUUCAUGGUUUUUAACAUUUUGAUUUUAGACUCAAGAGGGUCUUUGUUGUACUGAAUAUGUUUCAUGCACAUCGUGUUUUAUGUUUUGUACCAUGCGUUAAAGAAAUGUUUUU